CACCCUCACCUCCAGCCAGCCAACUUCCAAGCACUCCACCUCCCAACACUCGACCCUCUUGACUCUUGACUCUUUAACUCUCUAUCUCACUUUCCCCGAUUACUACUACUACUACAACAACAACAAAAAACAUAAGAAAUACGACCGAGAUCACGAUCGAAGAUAACGCUCAACAUGCUUCCCUGGAAUCCGACUCGCGAACUAGCAGCUCAGACUCAAAACUAUCUACAGGCACUCGGUGGUGGGAAUGCUGCUGGACAAGGAAAUAUUAACAAUAAUAAUAACGAACAUCAGCAGAAUAUCAACAACAACUAUCAGAACAACCAGUUCAACCAUCCACUCUAUAAUCAUAAUAACAACCCAUCCCAACAACCAUUCCAGGCUGGACUACAACAACAAUCUCCUAACCAAUCCCCUCAAUCCUUAAACCCACCUCCACUACAACAACAACAACAGCAACAUUACCAACAACAGCAACAGCAACACCAGCAGCAGCUUCAUCAUCAUCAGCAACAACAACAACAACAACAGUUCCAACAGCAGAAGCAUCAACAGUUUCAGCAACCCCAACCCCAACAACCCCAACAACAACAACAACAACAACAGCAGCAGCAGCAGCAACAACAACAACAACAAGCUCAGCAGCAACCAAACCAUCCCUUACAGCCCAACAUUGGACCUCCUCCUAAUCAAAACCCUUCAGGAAAUAUCACCCUCCCACAGGUCUUACACUACCUCCAAUCAACCCAUCGUACUCAUCUGAGCUUACAGAACAGCUGGGAGAUCGAAAGAGCCGAACUCAGAGCUAGGGUGGCCCUACUCGAAGGCGAAAAGAGAAGCUGGGAGCAAGCCAAGACUGACCUGGCUAGGAGGGUCAGGAUGCUCGAAUGGGCUCUCAAGAUGGAACGGUCCAAGUAUCUCUCACAUAACCAAAACAAGGAAAACACAAACGCAUUCACUAUGGCCCUACCUCCCGGUAAAUUGGCUGCUUUACGUAUGGCUGAGAACGUCCCCUCAGGUUCCGAAUCUCCGGCACGAGCCGAUAGUCCCAAGUAUGAUGAACAAAACGCGGCUUCAACUGCUCCUCGGCCGACUGCACCAGCGGUCACGGUUUCUGACGCCGCCAAUCAAGACCAAUCACCACCUCCUAACCCACCCACUAAUCUACCUGCCCAAAGCUCAACCGCCCCCACGCAUUCGAUCUCGAUCGCCCCACCUCUGCCUGCUGUCGCAGCACAAAACAUGUUCCGAAUGGGAACUAACGGAAAUGGGAAUACCUGGGCAAACGGUAUGACGGGCGCUGGUAUGGCAACGAUGAUGGGUGGCACCGGGAUCGGCUUUGGGACAACAGCCAUGGGCAUCGGUAGGGAUCCUAAAGCAAGGGCUAGGAGUAGAGACUAUCUCAAACAGUGUUUGCAGGAGAUCAACUAUCUCACCUCCAACCCCGUCCUCAAUCCACUCCCCCAACAAUCUGCCUUAAUCCCCGGGAUCGAACGGCCGCGUAAGAUCUUGAACGAAACUCAAGCCGCUCAACAAGGCGGACCAAACCAUCCCAACCAAGCCAAUACUAAUCACUUCCAAGCUGCCUCCAACCUUCAUCAGCCCGGCAACAACCAGCAAGCCAAUCUAUCACCCAACCCGAUCCAUCGACCAUUGAACCAUUCCGGGGCUCCCCAGGAUCAAUCCCAACGAUCGGCCCUCUACCAGGUCUCGACAAUCGAUAAUCAACACCAGCCCAAUGUCUCAUCAUUCGCCCAACAUUCUGGGGCUCCUCCCCCGGGAUCUAACGUCCAUCCGACGAACUCAGCCGUGCCUGGUGCACCAGUCAUGACUCGCGCUCGCAGCUCCUCACGGCCUCUCUUGAUCACACCGAUGAACACUGACGGCAAUGGAUCUGGGAUCCCAGCAAACUCUUCCAACGCCCCUUCGCACCCCUUAACCAUCGCUAAUCUUCCCCUCCUCUCUGCCGCCGAGCAAUCCCUACUCGGCUCGAACUCCUCGACCUCGACCGGUAGUCAAGAUGGUGAAUCGCAAACCAACAAGAUGCACAAUAACCCGAACGGGAUCGGGCCCAAUGGAAUCUCGGAGACCCACACAGAUCCUGCAGAGAACUCUGCCCCGGACCAGACGAUGUUCAGAGCCGGUGGUGGAGAUGGUCGACUAUCCCCACUGGUAAUGCAUGAGCGGGGCGAGGGUAGCGGUGAAUCUGAGGAUGGAAAUGUGUCUGUAUUCGAUGAUACCGACGACUCCCGACUGACGGCGAUCUACCGUCCAGAGUCGUCAGAGUCCUGGAAGGAACAGCUUCGCUUGGCCGGCGAGAAGGAGAAGAUCCGGAUGAGCAGAAAAGAACAAGAGCGGGAGCCCUCCAAACCCGGUCCUCACAUGACUCUGGAUAACCAUCCUAUCAAACCCGACGAUGAACUCGCUGGCUUGACUUUACAUGAUCAUCAUGAUCCUGCCCAUCCUAGUACUGGGCCCAAUAAUUUAGCCUCAUCUGCCACUGCCUCCGCUCCUAAUCCUGCUGGAGGACCUGCUCCCGACGGGAAGAACUCUUCCACCGCUGGCUCGGUCGUUCAGAAAGGUUUUGAUAGUUACAAAGUGUGGAAACCUAAAAGGACACUAAGAUCACAUCUGGAUGCUGCACGAUGUAUUGCGUUCGAUCGGUAUGGACUGGCUAUUGUCUCUGGAAGCGAUGACUGUACGGUGAAAUUGUGGCGAUUGAAUCCGGCCUCGAUAGCCAACCCGAGUCCGUCGAGUUGGCCAGAGACGGAGCCGCAGAUAACCUAUCGAGGACAUUCAGCGACGAUCACCAGUGUCGCCAUUUCCUCAUCGCCGCCACGGAUCUACUCUGCCUCGUUAGAUUCGGUCGUCUCGGUGUGGUCGCUGCCGCCGCCUGAGCACGAGACGUAUGCGCCGUACGAUCCGCGCUCAUUGUUGGCAAGUUUUGUAGGCCACACCGAUGCGAUCUGGGAUAUGGUCCUGCUACCGCUUCGGCUCCGUGACGAGGCGCUGUUGGCAACGGUCAGUGCGGACGGGACGGUGAAGGUCUGGAGCACCGACGAACUCAACUCGCCGCUGAAAUUGAGCUGGGGAUACGACGGCUUGAUCGAUGAGGAUCUUCCUCAGGCUUCGCAACCCACCCCGUCUAACGAACUCACCGUCAUCGGUGCUAAUGGCUCCCCAGUUAAGGUCACCCCUACUAGCGUCGCAGUCGUUUGGUCUGACCUCAAAAAAGUCGCGGUCUCGUACUCGAAUUCGGUCAUCAAAUUGUUCGAACUCGAGAAUGGUAAAGUCUCUCUGAGGUUGAAAAGCGACGAAACCUUUGAUGGGACGACGGCUACUCAGAUCAAUAAGAUCGUCACUCAUCCUACUCUACCUCUGCUGAUCAGUGCACAUGAAGAUAGAUUUAUACGACUGUAUGAUUUGAACACAGGAGCAUGUACGCAUUCGAUGCUAGGCCAUCUAGAUUCGGUGACCUCAUUAUCGAUCGACCCGACGGGCCUGAUCCUAGUCUCGGGUGGGCACGACUGUUCGAUCCGCUUCUGGGACCUGACGGGCUCCCGGACCUGUCUGCAAGAGAUCUCGUCGCAUCGAUACAAGUCCAACCAGGAAGGCGUGCUUGACGUCAAGUUCCAUCCUUCCUCUAAUCUCUCCUCCUCUUCCUCCCUGCUUCCCACCCAUCUUAAUCAUCCCGGUAACCUCCAUUCUGCUGCCGCUGCUGCUUCUUCCUUUAACCCGUUCCAUUCGCUUAAGUUCGUUGCUAGCUCCGGCGCUGAUGGAACUAUUAAAAUCUUCGGUUGAUCUCUAUUUCUUCUCUCUCUCUAUCUCAACCAUUCCUGUUUUUUACCCUACUUCUUCGUUGUCUCUCUCUCUACUUUUCCUAUCUAUCUCCCUUCUGAUCUUUUAUCCUUCUCCUCCUCUCCUUCUUAGAUUUCUUUUCUUCUUUUUUUUUCCUCAUAUCUACUGAUGAUGAUGAUGAUGUUCACUUCUUCUUUUUUUGUUUCAUGAUAAACAAUAAUUUCUCAUGUUGGAUUUGAUUUGAUUUCUUAUUCUUUUAUACAUAUAUAUAUAUAUAAAGAUGUGUCUCUAUUUGUGUCAGGACAUAUCCAUCCAUACAUCUAUAUACAUCCAUACAUUUAUAUGAAAUUCAUAUGCAUACGAUUUUGUUUUCUUUCACUUGGCCUUCUUUUUUUUUUUUUCUUCUUCUUCUUC